GUGCACCAAGGUUUUUGUGCUUCAUCAGUUCUUGACUCCCGUAACUCCCUGACUUCUAAUUGUUCCUCUAUUAUAUGUGUGGCUGCGUCUUCAGCUUUAAGGCUCUAACUUCUGGAAUUCCCUUCCUAGUCUGAAGCUGCAACAGUAUUGUGAGUUUUUCUUAAAAUAUACAAACCACAGAUUGAGCGGUGAACUCGCAUCCAAUAAAAGAUCAACCAUUUGGAAGUGUUCUCCAAUUGUAGCAGCAAAGAUGAAGUUAGUCCUCUCCAGCAUUGUGAACGGAUGCCGUCAGGGCAAAUUGAUAGAAGUAGGACGGAAUGGCAGUAAAAGUCUUGAUAUUCCUGGUUGCCUCCUUUAUACCCGGACAGGCACAGCUCCGCACCUAACCCAUGACACGCUCAGCCUUAUAGAAGGAGUUCCUGAACCUGUACAUCUGACGUUGUCUACGCUUGCAGAACAUCAAGAAGUUCUAGAAGAAUAUAAAGAAGGCAUUGGAAAAUUCAUAGGCAUGCCAGACAAGCUUACUUACUGUUCUUUGUAUGACCCAGCUAGUCCAUGUCCAUCAGGAUACAACACAAGUAAAACCGUAUCAGUGUGGGGUGGAGGUGGCCGAAUUGAACUAACCUUGUCAAAAUUCAUGGCAAUACAACAAGCCUUCAAACCUGACUGGUACCAGUCCAUGGCAGAUGGAGAGCCACUGCCUCCAGGAUCUUCAAGGAAGAGGAUUAAUAAAUCAGUGGAUCGAACUCUGGGCUUCCUGGAUGAAUGUCUCAAGGUGCAUCAGAAUUCAGAGGUUCUGAAGAACACAGAAAUUAUAGGAGUUGUAGAAGGAGGAGACAUUCUUGAGGAGAGGCUGAGGUCUGUCAGAGAAACCAUGAAGCGGCCAGUUGGAGGUUUCCUGUUGGAUGGUUUUCAGGGAGAGACCAUGCCUGAUGACCUGAAACUGGAUUUAAUCUCCUCGGUCACAGGAGAACUGCCUGAAGACAAACCAAGGUUGAUCCAUGGGAUUGGAAAACCAGAUGAAGUGCUAGAGUGUGUAUCAAGAGGAGUGGACUUGUUUGAGGGUUUCUUUCCCUAUCAGGUGACUGAGCAAGGAAGAGCUCUGUCAUUCAAUUUUAAAUACAAGGUGGACCCAGAGACAGAAGAAGAAAAGAUUCUUGUAGUGCCCUUGCACCAGAUACAAGACCAGCAGCUUACAUCUACAUAUACCAGAAUGACCAAUGAACAAUGUGAGGAGAAUCAUAUUCUCGCAAUGCUGCACAGGAACGGUUCUGCAGAUAAUGAGAUCAGUAGUAAGACCUCAGACUGUGAGGGGAAGAUGGCUGCUUUUUCGAUUGAUCUGAAAAAUGAACAGUUCCGUGUUGACUUCAGCCCCUUGGUGGAGGGCUGUCCUUGCUAUUGCUGCAAGAAUCACACCCGUGCCUACCUCUACCAUCUCAUACUGACUAAUGAGCUGUUGGCUGGAGUUCUUCUCAUGAUCCACAACCUUCACCACUACUUUGCAUUCUUCCAAUCUAUCCGUGAUGCUUUGAAAGGUGGCCACUUGAAGAAACUUAAAGAACUCAUUGAAAAACAGAAGCUAUAACAAAGACAUAGUUGACAGGACAUGUGAUGGUUAUUCAUUCUUUAAGGUUUCUGGCAGGCAUUGGUGGCCCACUGAUGCUGUGACAUGUUAUUGAGAUAUACUCACAGUGUGAGCUAACAUUUUAUUUUGUUGUGAUUGGAACCUUAUAGCACUCAGACUCGAGAUUUCCUCUAUCAUGUUGUGUAUCAUUAACGUGUGAUGGUAGAAAACAAGCAUAUGGGCUGAAAUAUGUGCUUUGGUUCAUUUAUAUUUUCCAUCUGUGCUACGUGUAUUUUUAUAAGAAACAAGAAAUUUUCUAUUAAAAAUACGGGAAGUAUAGUACUAUUCCAUUUGAUAUGAUGGAAUUAGAUCUGAUGAGGUGGGUUUCUACAUCUAGGACCAAUGAACUCUUGAGACUUGCAGUGAUGAAUGAAUUUAACAAUAUCAUUCCAUUCAGUUUUUCAGGUUCCCAUCUAAUUGUAAGAGAGGUACCUAGAAAAUGUGGAAACAGAAUUGAAUAGUUUUUAACUCGAUGUAAAGGUUAGGGUAACGAUAUUACAGCACCAGCGACCCGGGUUCAAUUCCAGCCGCUGUUUGUAUGUUCUCCCUGUGCCUGCAUGGGUUUCCUCCGAAUGCUCCAGUUUCCUCCCACAUUCCAAAGACAUAUGGGUUAGGAAGUUGUGGGCAUGCUAUGUUGGCACUGGAAGCGUGGCGACACUUGAAGGCUGCCCCCAGAACACUCUACGCAAAAAGAUGCAUUUCACUGUGUGUUUUGAUGUACAUGUGACUAAUAAAGAUAUCUUUUAUCUUUUAGAAAUUGUUUUGAUAACUGAAUAUAGAAGGUAUCCACCAAAAUGAUGCUUAUUCUUCAUUGCAACUGAUAUUAAAGAGUGAUAAAUUCAACUUCAGAUGUGAGUAACAAAUAUCCAGGAGUUUAAAUCAAAACCAGUGUGGGCUUCUGUAGUAUCUGACAAGCAAUGGGCAUCAGUUGGUGAGAAACCUGCCUGCCCAAAGCAGAUACACAGAUGCUUUGAGCAAAUUAGGGUCCAAUUCUGGCUGUAGGAAUCCACCAUAAUUUCCCUGACUUGUUUUACUAGAUCUGAUGCAGUCCAAGCAAUUUUUUUAAGGGAAUGUUAGAAGUUGCACAUGAAGCAAAUAUAAAGCAAUUACUUAAGAUUGAUUUUGCAAGGCUGAAGGACUAGGUUUUAUAUCCAUGGAUCUACACACACAUACUGUAAGUCACUGCAGGCCUGCGAUUGUAAAUUUUUGGGUGGGAAUUUGGGUAGUUGGAUUUCACCCUCAUUUCUUAAUACCGAGUUUCCUUAAAUCUUUUGAUGGUAUGAAUCCAUUUAGAUUAUUUAUUCCACAAUCUUAAACAGUGAUUUAUUAUUAAAGUUAUCAUUACUAAAAUUUAAACAGUUGUAUUUGCUUCAGCCUCAUGUCUUUAAAUUAAGUCUGUUGUAACCAACAAAUGCCCAUUGUAUUUAAUGCAUCAAAAUGAAAGCAAAUCUGCAAGAUAUAUGGAACUUUAAUGUAAAGGCCCUUGAAAAAUUUCCAAGGCUGAGAGCUACCAUGCAUUUUAUUAAAACAGAUUUCCUUUAUUCAUUCAGAUAAUCUUCAUUAUUGCAAACAACUGACAUUUCUAACUGAGCAUGACACAACUGAGAGUAAGUCUGGUUCUGAUGUAUCAGCAGGCUAACACCUUGAGAUUGCCUAAGAGCCUGUGGUUGUGGUAGAACAUCUUUAAGAUCAAUUGGAGAUGGAUUACUGCAGUUGAUUCUGCAG